UCCCCUGCAUCUCCAUGUUUUCCUUUCCUUCUUUUUCUUUAUCCAUGUGUCUGUCCAACUUCUCCCUCUUUCUUUUGUAAAUUCUGUGAGUCAUCUAUGGCCCUUUCAGUUCCUUUCUUCAACAUUGCUCCAGAUUUGACCGUCUCCAAACUCUGCCUAUGUUUAACUUGUAUUCCAUUCGCAUGUUUAUUUUGUAAGUCCCACAAAGUUGCAGUCUCUUUAACGCCCUUGAGCUUUUUGUCACUCUAGGAGGUACCGUGACUUUCGGUGAGCAAAAGCACGUUGGCGGAAUCAUUUAAACUCCGGAAUUAACUUCUUUGAUUCUGCUGAAAUGUAUCCAGUACCCUAGCGUGCAGAAACUCAUGGAAGAAGUGAAGAGUAUUUUGGGUGUUGGAUUAGAGAAAGAAAAGUCCCUCGCGAUAGUGUUGUUUUGUCCACUAAAGUCAGUGGACCAUCUGGACAAAUGUCUUGGAUUCGAAAUGGACCAGAACGCUUGGAUGCUCAGAACACAACUGAGGCUAUUGACAAUAGGAAAAAUGACUAACGAAAGUCAAAUGCAAGAUGAGGCUACGACUGUAGGGGUAACUAGCAUUACUUCAACAAGUCGAGCAAAUGCUCCGCAACCAAUGGCACCUGCGGAGAAGCCCGGAAAAUUUACGGGCAUUGACUUUAAGCGAUGACAGCAAAAAAUGUUCUUUUUCCUCACCACUCUAUGUCUUCAAAGGUUCAUUAGUGAGGAUGCUCCUGGGGUGCCCGAGGGAACCUCGGACAAAGAGCAUUUUAUGAUUGUAGAAGCUUGGAAACACUUGGACUUCCUUUGCAGGAAUUAUAUAUUGAGUGGUCUCCAAGACGACCUCUACAAUGUUUACAGUGGAACUAAGACAUCGAAGGAAUUGUGGGGGGCACUAGAACGAAAAUACAAGAUAGAGGAUGUGGAAAUUAAGAAAUUCUUUGUAGCAAGGUUCUUGGACUUUAAAAUGAUAGAUAGCAAAUCGGUUGUCUCUCAAGUGCAAGAAUUGCAAGUAAUCACACGAUCUCCUAGCAGAAG